CGAAAUCUAACGAGGAACGUUCAGAGCCACGCGAGCGGCCGCGCGACGCGGUACGAGCGUUUGAAUGCCGGUGCGAACGCGUCGCGUUAUGUGCAUCGAGAAACGUUCGAGCCACGCGGGGCUCGCUUGUGUCGUCCUGUUUCUUCUCGUGGGAAUUGCUCUGCCGAUCGGAUUCUGUCAGAAUGCCGAGCCGCGCGCGCGAGGCGCGCUCGAAGACGGCAGCAUGCUCGUCGACAAGCCGGACCUUGCCGGGGACGACGACGAGUCGUAUACGCCGGCAAUCCACGAGCAACAGGGCCGGGACACAUCUUCCGCGGGAGAGGAGGUGCUCGAGGAAAACAGAAGGACACUCCCGUCGCGAGGCGCCGUCGAGGAGCCGGAGGCUGCGGAAGCGGAAGCGAAGGCGGAGGAGGGCCGCGGCGGUGGCGACGAACGCCGCGGGGACAAACAUCUCUUUUUGCCGGGAUACGGCGCGGGAGCUCCGCCAUGGCGAAACGUAAAUGUCACGACAGCGGCGUCGAGCAAGCAGCAAGAGGGCAACUUUGGAAGUAGGACGCGCAAGAAGCGUCGCAGGGGUGCGGAGGCUAAGAAUCCUGCCGGUCUCAAGAGCCACGUACACGAGAUCGUCGAGGACAGUCGUGAGAACGAGAUAAGAGGCGCGCGGGGUCAAUCGUCGCAGAAGAGGAGCAAUCCGCCGUCGAAGUCGAGGGCGAGGAAUCGCGAGGCGCGGAAAUCCCGCGCGGAGCGGCGCAGACGAAGGAAGAAGGACCGCGGCAGGAAGGAGCGAAAGAGAGGCGGCGCCAAGGGCUCGCAGCAGGACGACAAGCGGCAGAACGUAGCGGCUCGUCGCGCAUCGAAAUACAAAAGAAGGACGCACGACGGCUCCGGGAGGCUUCCGAUCGGCAAACUCGACUCCGCCAAGACCAUCAACGCGUCCGAGUACGCGAUCGACAAAUCGUCGUACGCCACAACCGUCGACUACGCUUCCACGAUGACAAAGACAACGGCAACGACGCCGUCGUCGACGACGAUGACGACGACGACGACGACGACAACAACAGCGAGAAGCAGCGAGGCCACUGUCGUCGACACGACGAUGUCGUCGAGUCUCCUGCAUCAGCCAACGUUGGACGCGGCGAGGAAGCCAGCUGGGACGACACCCCGGCGUGGAAUUUACGCCGACACGGUGGAGCGAGAAUUUUCGAGGCACCUCGAGAUGGAGAUCUCCCGCGGUGCGAUGAAGGACUCCUCGUUCCUGGAGGACGACAUAUUCGACCGCUCACCGAAGAAAUCCGGUAGCGAUGGCGCGGACAAGAACGUCGCCUUGCACUCGGCCGACGGCAAGGUCGCUCGCUUCGGCAGCUCGCGCUACGACGCCGAGAAGAUGCUGGGCUACACGAGGACCGAGGAGGACCUGCCGAUCCUCGAUCUGGAGAACGAGGUGCUCGCGAGGACCCUGAAGGAUUACAACGCGUACAUGACGUCGAGUCUGAAGCUGGUGUCGCUGCCGCGCUACGACGAGCCGUCGAAUCGUCGCACCGCCGGCUCACACCCCCCGAGAAAGCCGAUAAUUAAUUCGGAGGAGAACGACGAGGAGCCCGAGGGAGGCGCGAGCGUGACGAAAACGACGCGAGACGACAACACGAGGGGAGACUUAUCCUGCAUAAACGGGACUUUCCUGCCGGCGCCUCUAUCUCGUCACGCGCUGAUCAAAUAUGUAAAGUCCUCGACCCCGGGCCACGAGUAUUUGGAAGCCGAUUACGAGUGUGUGCCAGGUUUCCAUAUGGCAUCCCCCACGAGCCGAUUAGUCUGCAGAAGUCGUCAGUGGGUCGGACAGGUGCCAAAGUGCGAGAUCAAGCAAAACCCGAACGGGGUGUGUGCCGAGGCAUCCUGCGAGCAUGUUUGCAGCGAAAUUAACGGGCGUCCCGUCUGUUCCUGCUACAAGGGAUUCAGAUUGGAUGGCCACAAAUGCGCCGAUGUGAAUGAGUGCGACACGGGAAACGCUGGAUGUGAAUACAAAUGCGUGAACACACCCGGAUCCUUUCAAUGCGAGUGUCCGAGUGGUAUGAAACAAGGAAAGGACAAAUUCACAUGCACGGACAUCAACGAGUGUUUAUUGAACAACGGUCACGGUCCUUGCCAGGACACCUGUCGAAAUCUCAUCGGCGGGUACGAGUGUUCCUGCGACGGUCUGCAGGACACAUCGCUGGCUGCCGACAAUCACACGUGCGAGCACACUGGCCCGUGCAGCGUCAAUAACGCGGGAUGCUCCCACACGUGUCUCUCGACGAUGGGUCGGGUGUUUUGCUUGUGCCCGGACGGUUUCAUGCUGGAGGACGACUGGAAGACUUGUCAAGAUGUGGAUGAAUGCUCGGUGCCGGAUCUUCAGACGGAGUUGUGCCGUUAUGGAUGCAUUAACACGCCGGGCUCCUACCGGUGCGCGCUACCUAUGGAGCUGAAGGAUCAACCGGUCCUGGACAGCCUGUCCAUUACCUGCUUGCCGGGUUACGAACAGACCUCCCAUGGGACGUGCAUCGAUAUCAACGAGUGCACGGUUGAUAACGGCGGCUGCACGGAGGUGUGCGAGAAUACAGAUGGAAGCUUUUUCUGCGCGUGCGACGGCGACGAGAAAGCCCUGUCAUCCGAUGGGAAAUCCUGCGUGGACAUAAACACCAUCUCGUGCCUACCGCUGAGCUCGGUCAGUCGCGGUUACCUGAUAUGCUCGCGAUCGGCCACGUCCAAGCUGUGGCGCGACAGGCGAAAAGUGCCCAAUCGGCCCGGCACGAGGUGCUUCCUCAAGUGCCCCCAUGGUUACCAGCUGCGCGGUGAGUACGAGCUGACCUGUCGCUCCGACGGCACCUGGGACGGACCGAAGUAUGGGAAAUGCAUCAGAUACAACAAGCCUCGAUUGGAGUGUCCGAAGGACGUCGUAGCCGAGUUACCUCCGGCCGGGGACGAGGCGUUUGUGACAUUCGACCAACCGGCCACGGACCUCGACUGGUUUCGAUACGUGCGAUCGAAGCCGACAUGGGGCACCCGGCUCGAGGCGAGCCUGAAGCCCGGCGUGCACGAGAUCACCUUCUUCGCGCGACACCCGGUAUCGAAGAAGCAGGCCAGCUGUGUGCUGCGCAUCAUCGUCAAAGGCGGCGAGGCACCGAAAGUCAAAGACUGCCCCAACGACAUCGAGGUCGUCGGGAAAAACGGCACGGCGAUCACAUGGACGGAGCCGACCUUCACGGACAAUGUGAAAGUGACGCGAGUCAUCAACAACGAGAGCCCGGGUCGUCGCUUCGACGUCGGCGGCCACCGGAUCGAGUACGAGGUAGGCGACGAGGCCGGCUGGUCGAGCAAGUGCGUCUUCACCGUGGUCCUACAUCAGCAAUAAGCUUCGAAGAGGAUCAGAAGAAGAGAGAGACGGAGAGAGAGAGAGAGAAAGAGAGAGAGAGAGAGAGAGAGAGAGAGAGAGAGAGGGACUGCGGAAGGGAAGGAGAGGCAGGGAGAUAAAGAGAGCACAGGUAUACGACGCGAGAGGGUGGAGUACGAGCGAGUGGGUGACAAGACAGCGGAAGAGGGAGAGGAAGAGGGG